GUCGGAGCGUCACCGUCGUUCGAUUUCUGUCGAAGGCAGGAAGAGAUAGCUUUGGUCGCCUGCUCCGAUCUAGGGUUAGGGUUAAGGGAAUUUUUGGGUCGAUUUCAGGUUGGAGAGGAAUCGGAGAUGCCGCAGCGUCACUCGAAGAACAACAACGACCUCGCCUUCUUCACCUACGAGGAGAAGCGCAAGCUAGGGUACGGCACGCAGCGGGAGCGGCUCGGCAGGGACUCCAUCAAGCCCUUCGACGCCUGCUGCCUCUGCCUCAAGCCCCUUGUUGACCCCCUAUGCUGCCAGAAGGGCCACGUCUUCUGCAAGGAGUGCAUCCUCGAGUGCCUCCUCGCUCAGAAGAAAGACAUUAAACGGAAGCUAGCUGCACAUGCUGCUCAACAGAAGCAAGAGAAAGAGGAAGAAGAGGAGAAGCUAAUGUCGCAAAAGGCUCGAGAACUUGAUGCUUUUGACCAGCAAAACCAUGGGGCUGUCCCUCAGUACAGUGACAGGAGUCAGGUACGUGACAAGAAUGGUUUCCAUGGAGCAAACAGUGUGAAGGUAACUUCAUACGAAGAAGAGGCUCUUCGCAACAUGAAGGCCUUUUGGCUUCCAUCUGCGACCCCUGAUGCUCCAGUCAAGGUGGCGGCUCCAUCGAUCGAUACAAUCUGUCCAGAAGGCAAGGAGAAGCUCAAGCUGAAAUCUCUAUUCCCAAUCUGCUUCACUGAAGAGAGCAAUGAACAGAAGAACAAAUCCAAGGCUCUAGAAAUCAGUUACAUAUGCCCGAGCUGCAAGGUCACACUCACAAACACCCUUUCCCUCGUGGCCAUGAGCACAUGUGGUCAUGUAUUCUGCAAGAAGUGCUCCGAUAAGUUCUUAGCUGCUGAUAAAGUUUGUCUAGUCUGCAACAAGGGAUGCAAGGAGAGGAACCUGGUUUGCUUGGCGAAGGGAGGGACAGGAUUCGCCGGACAUGGGAAUCACUUGGAGGCAACAGAGUUUAAGCAUUUGGGCAGCGGUACCGGGUUGGGAUUGUGGAAGCCAGCCACGAAAUCUUGAAGAUGAGAAAGAAUUUGCAUCCAAGUUAUUUAGUAGCUUUUGCUUGUUGGUGUUACUUGUAUUGAGUUACACAAAAAGUGUAUGGCAAUGUAUGUGACAGAGCUUAGAGUGCUAAUGACUUGCAAAUAUGCUUUAAUGAUGAACUCGUUUUCUGGGUUGA